AUGGGGUCCAGCAGCUUCUUGGUCCUCAUGGUGUCUCUCGCUCUUGUGACCCUGGUGGCUGUGGAAGGAGUUAAAGAGGGUAUAGAGAAAGCAGGGGUUUGCCCAGCUGACAACGUACGCUGCUUCAAGUCCGAUCCUCCCCAGUGUCACACAGACCAGGACUGUCUGGGGGAAAGGAAGUGUUGUUACCUGCACUGUGGCUUCAAGUGUGUGAUUCCUGUGAAGGAACUGGAAGAAGGAGGAAACAAGGAUGAAGACGUGUCAAGGCCAUAACCAGAGCCAGGAUGGGAGGCCAAGUCUCCAGGCUCCUCCUCUACCAGGUGUCCUCAGAAAUGAUGCUGGGUCCUUUCUACCUCUGGGGGUCACUCCCACUUGGCACCUGCCCCUGAGGGUCCUGAGACUUGGAAUAUGGAAGAAGCAAUACCUACCAAAGAAAACCUGAGCUUGAAGUCCUUUUCCCCAAAAAGAGGGAAGAGUCACAAAAAGUCCAGACCCCAGGGACUGUACUUUCCCUCUCUACCUGGUGCUCCUCCCUAAUGCUCAUGAAUGGACCUCUCAUGAAUGAAAUCAGUGCCCUUAUAAGAGACCCCAAAGAGCUGCCUUGCCCUUCUGCAAUGUGUGAUCACAGCUAGAAGGCGCUGUCAGAGAUGAGAAACUGGUCCUCACCAGAUGCUGAAUCUGCUGGUGCCUUGAUCUUGGA